UAUUUUAAACUUCUUUCUGGGCUGAAUGUGUUCCAUUAACCGUGUAACUUCUUCGAAGUUGCAUUUCUUUUUUGGGUUUGCUCGUAUUUUCAUAUUUUGCUGGUUGUUUUCUUGAAAUCUUUGUCGCUUGCGCCUCGUGGGUUUUUUAAGCUUUCGAAUCCUAUCUACUAGACUUUUCCAUUUCCUAUUCAAAGACAUCUCCACUUUUAAUCCUUUUUCCCCCUUUAUUUGUUGUUCUUCAGCUUUAUAUCCCUUAUUUUUCUUCUUUGCUAGAUGGUCCUUUAUUGUUUUUUAUGCAGCUUCAGUACUGCUGUUUUGACUGGCGACCACUACUUUCUCGGGUUUCUUCUAAUUAGUCUUCUGUACUAUAUGCUGUCUACUUGUAUGGGCUAUCAUUUUCUGCCAUUCCUAGUUGGGUUCCCAAUGUUCUGAUAGAUACUUGUUUCAUUUUUAAUUAAGCGGUGAUUCUAAAUAUCGUUUGAUUGCUCACAUAAGCCAGGAAAAUCUAUAGAACCUAAUUGGGAAUCCUUACGUUUCUAUGCCUUUUCCGUUCUAAUACAUGUAACUAGUAAUUGAUUGGACCUGUUCAUGAGUGCCGAAUGAUAGAAAACUCAUGUCCUAUAAUUUCUUGUUUUCUCCUGUAUUCUUCAUCUAGUUUACUAUAUUGGCCCCUUUAGGGGAAUUUUUUGCUCUCAGUUGAGACGUUCUUUUUUCUUAUCAUUUUACGGAUGGGGGAUCAUUUCGUGUUGCUGGUGGAUCGGCUGCUCACUGAAUCUACUCUUGAAGCUGCUAUUGAGAGCAAAAACUGUUUGAAGCAAGCCAUGCCCUUAGCAAGCAAAAAUUAUUUGAGUUCUUCCUAUAGGAUGGAUGUCAGUGCCAGUGUAUGUACAAGUAAAUUGGUAGAAUGUAGGAUUUGCCAUGAUGAGGAUGAAGAGUCAAACAUGGAGAUGCCCUGUUCUUGCUGCGGCAGCUUGAAGUAUGCGCACCGUAAAUGUGUUCAAAGGUGGUGCAAUGAGAAGGGUGACACCAUCUGUGAGAUUUGCCGUCAGCAUUAUGAGCCAGGUUAUACAGCACCUCCGCCUCUAUUUCACUAUGGUGGCAUUCCAGUAAAUCUCAGCAGAAAUUGGGAGAUUUCCAGAAGGGACCUGCACGACCCUCAAUUUAUGCCAAUGGUUACUAGUGAUCAUGAGUUUUUAAACACCAACUUUGAUGAAUAUUCAGCUCCUUCUUCAAGAAGCUUGAUUUGCUGCCGUGUAGUUGCUAUAAUUUUUAUGGUUCUUCUAGUUUUACGUCAUACUCUACCAAUCAUUAUCAGUGGUGCUGGACAAUACUCGUUGACAUUGUUCACGUUACUGAUGUUAAGGAUCAUUGGGAUUCUUUUGCCAAUCUAUAUUAUGGUAAGAGCAUUCACUGCUAUCCAGCGUCGACGACACCAUCAGGAUCCUCACUUCUCCAUUGCCACUUCUCCUUAUCUCGAUUAAAGAAAUCCUAAUGUACUCACGUCUGCAUUGUGGAUUGCUAUGGGAAAGAAGAUCAACAAUCUGCUCGCUCAAAAUGAUUGGUGGAAUAGUACCACUUUUGUCUGAAGGAAGCCUUUUAACUAGCUGCAUCUAUUUAUUUUAUAUAAUGAGAACUCCUCAUACGAAAUACAAAGUGUUAUUGUUAAAGCGACAUUGAAGUGUAUAUAUGAAUAUGCUGCUUUGAAAAUUGCCAA